AUGAAAUGUAGUGAUGAACAGCAUACCCGUGAUGGCAUUACUCGUUCAUCGACGAAAAAUUCACAGAUAUUAAAAAAGAGAGAAAAGAAACAUUUUCUUAUGGUGUUCUUAUGGAAAAUAAGUGACUUAUGUCAAUGA